UGAAGAUGUCGCCGUCGUCUCAUCGGGCGCCAUGUCGCAAAAAGCUGCCAUGAAUUUGUCGGCGCUAUCGUCUCUUCCAGUGUGGGCGCAGGCUUCGCGUCGGUCCAACUCGCCGGGUGUUUUGACCACAGCAAAUCUACCCGGAGGUUUGGUCACGUUCCUCUUGGGUUCUCGCGUGGCGGAAGUGGCGUCCGAGACCACCGAAGUGGUACAUCUCUGCGUUCAAAACGGAAAGGACUUUGCGCAGCGGAAGUUGCAGCUGGAUGUGAAGUUCCCGGGUGACGCACAGGAGGCACCAGCGCCCUUCGAAGAGAUUUUGGUGGCCUCCGGUGCUCGCGCUCUGGCCCUGUUCUCCCCCAGCUGUUGCGCUGUGGUGGCGCUCAGCGAGCUCUCAGCGAAGCUGGAGACACGACUCGAGAAAUCGGAGGCCCUGGUAGUGUCGCCGCGACCAGGGCAGAAGCUGGUGAAGGUGGCAUGGCAUCCCAUGAGCGAUGCGCAUCUCGGCGUCCUCUUCAGCGAUGGCAGUUGGUCGUUGUUGAACUUGGCGCUGUCCUUGGAUGAGCCGGAAGUCCACUUCCCGGCACCAUUAAUGGGUGCCGAGAUCUCCGUGGACUUCCAGUUCCUGGCGCCCAACGAGGACGGCCGCGGCGAGACCCCGGAGGAUCUCUGGCUGUCGAUGACGGUCGUCUUCCUGGCCGCCUCGGGGCGCAUCUCCUAUCGGAAUCCGGUGCUGCCUUCGGCAGCGGUACUGAGCCGCCGCAGCUGCGAGGCGCUGCAGCUGGCGCUGGCGCAGGCCGCGUCCAGCGACGACUUCGCAGCGCAGCUGGCGGGGCAGCUGCAGACGUCGCAGGUGGAGGAGGUGCUGCUGCUGAGACACCGGCAUCAUCUGCAUGGGGGAGCCCAGCCCUUCUCUUUGUCCUCCACGGGGCUGCUGGAGCAAGUCGUGGAGGAAGCCGUUUCGGUUUCAUCCGAGCGCAGCUCCUCCAGCUUUUGCAGCUUGCAGGUCUGCUGUUCCUCUCCACUCCUCGUCAUCGCCCGCGCCGCGCGCCGCGGUAACGUUGAGCUGCUGGCGCUGGAGGCGGCCAUCGGACCCUACGGCGCCCAGGGCGCCGUGGCGGCGCGAGUGUUGGAAGAGAUCGAUUUGAUGUGCAACAAAUCCACUCCCGACGAGUUCGUGCGACUGGAGAGUUUGGGCGACCGCUCAGGGCUCAUAGUGCACACCCGCAGCCUCUUAGCCUCCAUUGACGUGUCGCUGAGCGCCGGCGGGCUGGCCACGGUGACGACGCUGGCGGAGACGCGCUCCAACGACAUGGACUUCGCCAGUUGGAGCCGGGUGGACCAAGGCGUUGGCUUGCUGCUGCGAAUGGAGAGGAGUUCCAAGGAUGCAAAACCUAGAGCCACAGUGAAUCCCUCCAAGUCCUUCCUGACGCUCAUCGAGCUGCCGAAGAAGGCCGCCGCCGAGAAGGCGUCCAGCUAUGGUCACAUGUCCAAGCUGUCCCCAAGCUCCUUGCACUUGCUUGAGCAGCCCUUGAGCUCCUCCAAGGCCACCUCGGUGGCGCCGGCGGAGCUGGCGAAGCGGGUGGCGGCGCUGAGAUCGGGCAUCGCUAGCCUGCAAUGUCGGCAGGACUUCCUAAAGCAUUUAGCGGAGAAGUCCUUCCCUGCACGGGCUGAAGUCCUAAAGCAGGAGCUGCAGCUGGAGACCUCCACCCUCCGUCGCCGUGCCGCCGACUCUGCGCAGCGGGCGCAGGCGCUGCAGCUGCGCCAAGCGGAGCUGGUGCAGCGGCAAGCGGCAUUGGUGAAAGCCCUGUCGGCCGCCUCCGAGGCGCGGCAGCUGGAGGAGCUCAGCGGCGCGGCGCUGCCGAAGCUCUACGCGCAGCUCUACGAGCUGCGCCGCGCCGCGGAACUGCUGCGCAGCAGCCAACAGGCCCUGGCAAUUCCUGAGGUCAUCCGACCGAAAAAUCGGCAGCUGAUGCUGGCGCAGAACUGAGACAAGACGAAGUUC